AUGGACCCUGCGUCCGUGAUUGGCGUCAUCGGCGUCGUCGCCCAAAUCACGCAGGCAAUCUUCGUAUACGGCGAUGCCGUCUCAGGAUGCAAGGCGGAAGUCGCGCAGCUGCGCUGCGAGCUGUUCGGCAUGCACGCAGCCCUUACACAGAUGGAGCAAGACCUUGAAUUGAUUACAAAAUAUAGUAGCACGCACAUUGUGGCUUCACCCAACUUAUACUCUCCGGAAUGUCAAGAGAUGCUCAAUGAGACACGCCUUGUCCUCGAGAAGCUUGCAGACACUCUCAAAGUUGGCGCUUCAAGGUCUGAAAAUAUUACAAAAAAGUUACUAUGGCCUCUGAAGCGACCCCACGUGCAAGCGCUGGCCACGCACUUGGAGCGCCUCAAGACAUUUUUCAUUCUUGCAGUGACAAGGGACGGUCUACAAGCUACGCAAGACAUCCAAUGCUCUGUUAAUGCACUCUCCAAGUCUGUCCAAGAGAUUCAGAAAACGCAGGAAGAGGAUUCUGUGUACCUGGAGGCGAUGAAGUGGUUUGCUCCCUGCGACCCCAACAUUACCCAUGCCACGGCCUCAUCUUGUCGCCUCGUGGGCACAAAUGCCUGGUUUCUGGACGAGACAUUUCAAGAUUGGGCUUCUUCGACCGAGCCGUUUCUUUGGCUGAAAGGGAAACCUGGUUCCGGCAAGACAUGUCUGAUGUCUGCUUGUGCUGAUAGACUCUUGCAAGCAGAUUGUGUCGUCUCUUACUUUUACUGUUCUUAUAACGAAUCCUCAUCGCAAGAACCUCGAAAUAUACUCGGAUCAUUCAUCGCUCAACUUUGCCGGCAGCGUUCGACCGUUCGACAUACGGUACUCGCGGCGUAUCAAGAGUCCAAGACGCGCAACAGCUCACACGAGCUGGUCCAAGUGCCAAUGAUGGUCUCGAUGAUCAAAAAAGUCACGCCGGCGAUACUGAAAGAUGUUUUCCUACUCGUCGACGCCGUGAAUGAGUGUGGAGAGAAUCUAGUCGCUGCUUUGGAGGCGGUCUGUCAAGUCGUCAUGGGCGGCGGCGGGCGUGUCAGACUCGUGCUUUCGAGCACCGAAAAUGUAGCGCAAACCGUUCAGGACACCAUCUCUCUGUACAGUUUACCGUCGAAAGAAGUCAACCUGGAUCUUUCCAGAGUCAGCAGUGACAUCAACUCAUAUAUCACAGCCCGCUUUUCUCGAGAACCAAAGCUAAAACGGCUGCGGCAUGAGCUACAGGUUUCGCUCGUCAAAGCCAUACAGUCCCAGCAUCAAGGCUCUUUUCGGUGGACAAGUUGCACCAUUGAUGACCUCUUGCGACGCGCUACACCUCGGGCCAUCAAAAGUGCUUUGGACGGAGUUGCCUCCACUCUGGGGGAUAUUUACAUGGGAAUUCUACGAAAUGUUCCGAGCGACAUGGCAGACGCGGCCCAAGCUAUGCUGCAGUAUUUAGUGUCGGCCAUGCGACCACUUAAACUCAAUGAGCUAGGAGAAGCGGUAUCCCUAACUUUUACUGAUGAUUUUGGUGAGGACGACCGACUCAUCGAACCAGAGGCCAUUGUGCAUUCUUUGCGCAGCCUGGUCCACUACGAUGCCGGCAACCAGCGCAUUGAACUCGCCCACUCUUCCGUCCGCACCUUUCUUACGGAGCCCAAACUGUCCGAAACAUAUCACAUUGAUCCAGUUGCAGCAAAUAACGCAAUGACGCGGGCUUGUCUCUACUACCUCGCGCUGUCGCCGUUUCAGUACACAUGCCCAGACGAAGCUGCCCUGGCAGCGCGCAAGCGAGACUGGCCGUUCCUCGAGUACGCCGCGUGCUUCUGGACGCGUCAUGCACGCACCUUGGCGCAGCAACAAUGCGAAGACGAGGCCUAUCUUGCCCUCUUCUCCAAGUUUGCCGCCUCGACGGGCAACUUUGCGGCGUGGUACCAGUGCAUCUAUCCCAAAGGAGGUUCCUUGAUCUGGGAGACGAAGCCGCUGUACAUGUGCGCCCGCGAGGGGCUCGUCGGGCCUCUACGCUCCCUGCUGAUUGUGUGUAGUCGGGAUGAAAUUGAGGAGCGCGGUGGUGCUCGCAGCUCCACGGCGCUGCACGUUGCGGCCACGUAUGGUGAGGUCGAGGCCGUCAAGGUCCUGCUGGCCGCGGGCGCCGAUCCCAACGAACGCAACGCCUUCGGAGAAAAUGGCAUCCAGUGGGCAGCAUUUUGGCACCACGACGAGACGGUACGGGUGCUACUGGAGGCGGGUGCGUCGCCAGACCUGCUCUCAUAUCAGGCCAAUCCAGAGCUGUAUACCGGUAUGGUUCAACAUGCCAAGACUACAUUGUCGAGGUACACGGGCAAGAAGGAAAGGGCCACGUCUGCUAGAGUCUCUGUACUUCGCUAG